UCCUGCCUCCUUCCGCCGCCUUGGGUGGAACAGGAAGGUCUCGCCGUUUGCAGAAGCGGCUCCCCCGCUCGCUGGAAGGAGGCUUCGCGCGCCCUAUUCCCGGCCGAGGCGGAUCGCUGACCUCCCAACAUGCCGGCCUAUCACUCCACCCUGAUGGACCCGGACACCAAACUGAUUGGGAACAUGGCCUUGCUGCCCAUCAGGAGCCAGUUCAAAGGGCCGGCACCCAAGGAGACAAAAGAUACGGAUAUCAUAGAUGAAGCCAUCUAUUACUUCAAAGCCAACGUCUUCUUCAAAAAUUAUGAAAUCAAGAAUGAGGCUGACAGAACCUUGAUCUACAUAACGCUGUACAUCUCCGAGUGCUUGAAAAAGCUGCAAAAGUGUAACUCCAAAGGCCAAGGAGAAAAAGAAAUGUAUACAUUAGGAAUCACAAAUUUUCCAAUCCCUGGGGAGCCAGGAUUUCCACUAAAUGCUCUCUACGCCAGACCCAGCAACAAGCAGGAAGAAGAGGUUAUGAGGGCUUAUUUGCAGCAGCUGCGGCAAGAAACAGGCCUGAGGCUGUGUGAAAAGGUCUUUGACCCCCAGAGUGACAAACCUAGCAAAUGGUGGACCUGUUUCGUGAAGAGGCAGUUCAUGAACAAGAGCCUGUCGGGGCCAGGCCAGUGAAGGGGACUGUGUGAAGCAUUUUGUUGCCAGAUGUAUAAAAUUCUGCGCCUGUUCAUGUUUUCUACGAAGAGAAGUGCUUCUUUGGCAGAAAAGUGGAGUGAAAUCGUGCGCAUUUUGUUGAGCUGGAGUGCAACAACAGUGAUAUUAAAAAGUGGUUUCUAA